AUAUCUGAACCAAAUGAGUUUGACAUCAUGCUUGUAAUGCCUGUUGCAAGACUUCAGCUGGAUGAAUCUGAUGACACUGGAGCCUAUUAUUAUCUAACAUUUAAAAGAAAUCCAAAAGAAAAGUAUUUGUUGAAGUUUUUAGAUGAAGAUGGAAAAUUAUCAUCCCUUAAAAUGCUUCAAGCUCUAAGAGAAAUUAUUAAACAAGAAGUAAAAAACAUUAAAAAUGUGGAAGUAACUGUGAAAAGGAAAAAGGCUGGAAGCCCUGCAAUAACUCUUCAGAUCAAAAAUCCUCCAUCAGAAAUAUCAGUGGACAUCAUCCUGACUUUGGAAGUUCAGCAGAGCUGGCCGCCCAGCACACAGGAUGGCCUCAAAAUUGAACAGUGGCUGGGAAGAAAAGUCAGGGGAGAGUUCAGAAAUAAAUCACUUUAUUUAGUAGCCAAAGAAAACAAAAAAGAAAAAGUUCUAAGAGGUAACACCUGGCGACUCUCUUUCUCGCAUAUUGAGAAGGCCAUGAUGAACAACCAUGGGAGCUCAAAGACAUGUUGUGAAUCUGAUGGACCAAAGUGCUGCAGGAAAGGUUGUCUUAAGCUUCUGAAGUAUCUUCUAGAGCAACUUAAAAUGAAAUAUACAAAAGAAUUGGAAAAAUUCUAUUCAUAUCAUGUCAAAACUGCUUUUUUCCACUCGUGUGUCAUGUGGCCAAAUGACACGGACUGGCAUUUGGGAGACCUGGAUCAUUGCUUUCAGAAAUAUCUGGCAUAUUUUCUGGAUUGCCUGCAGAAGUCUCACCUGCCCCACUUUUUUAUUCCCCGAUACAACUUGCUCAGCCUGGAACAUAAAGCGAGCAGUGAUUUCCUUUCAAGACAAAUAAACCACCAAUUGAACAACAGAUUCCCAAUAUUCCAGGAGAGAAAAAGUAUCUUCAACCCGUAUCGAGGAGGACGAGUGUCCAUGUGA